CAUGAAGGGAUUCACGCGGAUAGAAGCAGCUAGCUAGCAAAUCAGGCCAAUGAUAGCCGUCUGUCUCCAGAUUUUGAAAUGCCGAAGUGGAAAAGUAAGCGCAUAGCUUACGGUCAUCUCCCUCAUCAGCUCUGAGGAGAUGGACGUCUGCAAUCAGAACCCUAACCGCACAGCCCCUGAGAAUAUAAGCGGGCCUCAGAGGGCGGAGCUACCACUGUGCUCUCGCACCAAUGGCUGGAGCUGGCCGCCACAUCCCUUCCAGUUCCUGGCCUGGCUCCUCUAUCUCUACUUCGCCAUCAUUGGCUUUGGAGUGUUUGUGCCACUGCUACCCUCCCACUGGAUCCCUGCAGGCUACAUCUGCACCGGCGUCAUGUUUGUGUGUCACCUGCUCGUCCACCUGACCGCGGUCUCCAUCGAUCCUGCCGAUCACAACGUCCGAGCCAAGAGCUACAAGGGUCCCGUGCCGGUGUUCGACCGCACCAAGCACGCCCACGUGAUCGAGAACUGCCACUGCUAUCUGUGCGAGGUGGACGUGAGUCCCAAAUCGAAGCACUGCAGCGCGUGUAACAAAUGUGUGGCCAGCUUUGAUCACCACUGCAGGUGGCUCAACAACUGCGUGGGCAGCAGGAAUUACUGGCUUUUCCUCAAUAGUGUGAUUUCUGCACUUCUUGGAAUAUGCCUAGUCGUUGUCAUUGCCAGUUACAUAUUCAUUGAGUUUUUUCUGGAUCCUUCAAAGCUUCGGUCUGACAAGCACUUUCAAGUGAAGAAUGAGACGGUGGUGUGGUUUGUGUUCCUGCCGGUGGCUCCCAUCACCACCGCUGGUCCAGCCAUCCCGGCCCUGGCCGGCGUCACCAUCGCCCUGGGACUGCUGUCCGCCUUGCUGCUGGGGCACCUGCUGUGCUUCCACAUCUACCUCAUGUGGAACAGGCUUAGCACCUACGAGUACAUUGUUCGUCAGCGACAUCGUCAGGACGCCAGGGAUUCGUGCAAAGCGCCUGCCGGACCCGAUUCUGUGCCUCCAAAUAUGAGCCUCGUCAAGGACGUCAGCUAUUCGGGCACGCUGGGCUACACCAAUCCGGAGAUGGAGGUGGAGGACCCCUCCACGAUGGCAGCUCGGGGGGGACCAGAGUUCUAUGGCAACGGCAGCGUGAGGAACUCAUCGGGGAGGACGGCCGAGGAGGAGCCCCUCCCCACUGUCUCCACGGAGCACAAACCGCCCCCCCGCCCACACAAACGCACACAGAAGAAAAAGAAGAAAGUCCACAAAUUUCCUGCGGAGGUGAUCAACGAGCGAUCAACAGAGAGCAGCUCCAGCAGAGCCCCGCCCCCAGAGCCUGACCCCAGUGUGAGUGCGGCUACUGUGGUGGCCUCCCUGAGCCAGCGCCUCCCUUUCCCAGCAUUCCCUCUGCGGGCGUCCCUCCCCCCCCUGGCCCCCGUGCGGGCGGCGGGCCCCCCCGCUGAGUACCACUCUGACUCCGCAGAGUCCAUGGAGGAGAUCCCGGUGGCCCUGGCGCAGCUGGGCAGCGCCGCCCUGGCGGGGCAUCGAGAGCUCGGAGCGUCCUCCUCCCAGCAUGCCCUGCUCCCCGCCCAGCAGCCCCUGCCCUCCCCCCAGCCCCGGACCAAGAGGAAGGCCUCUUCGUCCUCCUCCUCCCUCUCCUCGCGGAAGGCGGGGGACCAGCGCUUCGAGAUGCUGCCCCAGGCCCCCUCCGUGUUCGUCAGCCGGGCCAGCGGCCUCCUGGCCGACCCCAGGGACUACGCCGCGAGCGAGGAGCCCCGCGGCAUGCUGGGAAAACGCAAGCCGGCCAGCAAGAGGAGCCUGGAGGAGCCGGGCUCCGGGACAGGGAGCCCGAUGCCUUAGCCCCCGCGGAGCAGAGGGGUGCUGCUCCACCCGCUCUCCCACUCUGCAGGGCUCCAGCACAGGGCUGCUCAGGUGCUCACCCUGCUGCCGAGGACUGCCAGUGAACGGGAGAGACUGGAAGGCGAAGAACUGGGUUUGGACACAGCCUAUGCAAACACGUCAAGACAGGAGAAAAUGUGUCCGGGGCAUUUUCUCUACCUCUCCAUUUCCAGUUAGGGGGAACCCAUUUUUAAAAUACUGAAAGUUAACCACUACUUCACUUUCUCUUUGCCCAUUUUUUAAUUACUUUCACUUGCACUUAGUUCACUGUAGCAUUGCACCAUUUAUAUAUUUUCUUAGGAAAUGUUUAUUUUAAAUGAUUUUUAAAAAACAAUAUUUAUUCAAUUAUGUUAAAUGCCAAAGGAUAUAUGUACAUGUACAAUAUUUUAAUGAAGAACCUGUGUUGUUACCAGAAACCUUAAUUUUUUAUUAUUGUUUUUUUUUUUUUUCAUGGAGAUGAUGCAAUUUUGUCUACUUGUUGUGCGUCUGUGUUCUGUAUUGCAGUUGUGUAUUCCUUGUUCUGUUCUCUGUCAUGGCGGGCUCUUGGGCCUUGGGCAGUAUCAAACACUGUGGGAUGUUAACUUAACCCCAGCGACUCACCACCUGACUGGACGGCCGUUACGGAGCCGGGCGGGGCUCAAACGCAGGCUUCUCACGCGGAAUCACAAGUGGACCAACCGCCACUAACCGACAUCAGUGAGCCAGUCACUCCGCUGUAUAUCAUUCUACCGUAAUGAGCCAAUCUCCCUUCCGCGUAUAAUAUCCAUUAAGGAGAAGUCAGGGACGUAUUUCAGAAUGAGGCGUGGUGUACUCCGUCUGAAAUCUGUCCUCAGCGUCCUCUACUCCUUCUUCGGAACUCCUCCCAGACGUAUCGAGCUGUCUCCGUUAAUGAAAUUUAUCGGCCUGUGUUCAGAGAGCCAAGCUCUGAGAGGUCUGGCAGCUUCGAGUCGGAGAGAAAGCAGCGAAGGGGAGAUGGUAAAUAAUCAUUUAAGCGCAGUACACACAAGAAGAUAGAACGAGGAUGGUCACUGUCCAAACAAAUAAAGUUUGAUAUAUGCCUAGUAGUAAAUAAAAAAAUAAAGCGCUUUGGAAAGCUGCUCAUAUAGCCAGACCUAACGCAGACGAGAAGAGGUGAGCCACCACUGCCAGAUCUCCCAAACUAAUAACCGUGACGACCGAGCAAAAAGCUUGCAUCGUCUGACCUUAACUGGCCUCCACAGAGCGUAGCCUGUCACUCAAACCAAACAGCUGUGGCCCCCUUCACCUCCACCUCCACCUCCACCUUAACACAAACUGAUGUGUGUUUUUGCACAUUUAUCACAAAUGUUUGAACGGAAGUAGUCAGCCCAGUCCCACAGUGUGUAAAACUUCCCUAUGGCAAUGUUCUUCACUGAGCGACCCACCGUUUGAUCUGAGGUAACUUAAGUCAGCUUGAUUCAUUGUUUUUUUUUUGUUUUUUUUUUAAAGAAAUGAUAUUUGUCCUGAAGUUCCAAACAGACCGUGUCUUAUGAAGGAAGAACCUCAUCUCAGCUUGUGUCAUAAAGAACUAUUAUAAACAUAAACUAUUUUAUUUAUUGAAACUGUCUGUUGUACUUAACAUUUCACAUAAACACUUCAAACCACUAUAUUUUCUACUGUUUAUCCACUUGAACAUACCGAUGAAACCUGUAAUAAAUUUAACCUGGUUAUA